AUGUAUUUCAGCCCACCGCCCGUCGAGAUCCCCUCGUCCUAUGAGUCUCUCCCAACAAGACAUAUCAAGGUCUCGCAUUACCCAGUGGGAUCUUCGGCCGCAACCCCCGUCGUGAUCGUUACGCUGAACAGGCCCGAAAAGCGCAAUGCUUUCACACAGGACAUGGCCGAGGACCUGGAGAAGGUCUUCAAUCUGUUCGACCUCGAUGAGCGCGUUCGGGCUAUUGUUUUAACUGGCGCCGGGAACACUUUUUGCGCCGGCGCAGAUUUGGAUAUCGGAUUCCGGGCCUUGGAGCCGAGAGCAAAGGACCACAGGGAUAGCGGCGGUCGCGUUGCCCUCGCAGUGCACAAGUGCCGCAAGCCCACCAUCGCUGCCAUGCAGGGCUCAGCCGUUGGAGUCGGAAUGACCAUGGUUCUACCUGCUGCCGUUAGGAUCGCACACGAAACAAGCAAAUACGGCUUCGUCUUCGCCCGCCGCGGUAUAACAAUGGAGUCGUGCUCCUCCUACUUCCUUCCGCGGCUAAUCGGGCAUUCGCGCGCAAACUACCUCGUCUCAACGGGUGCUGUGUUCCCAUCUACAUCCCCUCAUUUCGGAGGCCUCUUCGCCGAGACGAUGCCCGAACAGACACAGGUCCUCCCCCGUGCUUUAGCUCUGGCAACCGAGAUUGCGGAAAACGUCAGCCCGCAGGCCGCAGCGCUUAACCGGGAGCUGAUGUGGCGCGGCCCUGAAUCUGCGGAGGAGGCGCAUAUUCUUGAGUCUGAAGUUAUCUAUCAUCGGUUUAUUUCUCCGGACCAGAAGGAAGGUGUUACGGCCUUCUUUGAGAAGAGGAAGCCGAAUUUCACUGGGGACGUGACGAAGAGUCAGCCGGGGGGUUACCCUUGGUGGGCUGAUGUGAAUAUUGACCCUCCAAGUGCGGUUAAGGGUUCAAAGCUAUAA